AUGCUUUAUGAUUCACCAUAUGUCAUGCUGGUGAAAAGUUGCUUCAUUGAUGAAAGCCUAUUUAAGAACAAGAGCAGCCCAUUCAGAAUGACUCGGCAUGGCAGGGACUUGAGAUUCUGCCAGAAGUGUUCUCGCUAUAAACCUCCGCGAGCCAAUCAUUGCCGUAUAUGUAAUAGAUGUGUCUUGAGAAUGGUUUUGCUUAUUGGUAGUCUAACUGCUCAUUCUGAGGAUGAUACAGAAGACUCUUUCAGAACUGUAUAUGUGAUUUCAGGGUUACUGUUAGUCCCAUUAAGCUUGGCAUUGGGUUUUUUCGUGGGUUGGCAUAUUUAUCUUAUUUUAAAGAACAAGACUACAAUUGAGUAUCGUGAAGGUGUAAGAGCUGUGUGGAUUGCCGAAAAAGGAGGGCUUCUCUAUUCACAUCCUUGUGAUAUCGGCGCAUACGAGAAUUUGAUAUCCAUUCUUGGUCCCAAUUUUCUUUUCUGGGUUUGCCCCACGUCACGACAUGUUGAUUCUGGCAUUCACUUUCGGACAAAAUAUGAUAUACUUGUUGGAACAUUGGCUGAGGAGUAA